AUGGCUAGACGAAUUCGAUUCUCCGUCGCUCAGCCGAUCACGAUUGUGGGAUGGUAUAUCUCCGCCAUAUGUCUAGCAUCCCUCAAUGCCACAGCUGCAGGACCACUUGUCAUUGAGCCACAGGAUGAAUACGUCUUGUCUCAGGCCUUUUGGUAUGGUAUAUGGGCAGCAAUACUCUAUCUUGUGGUGGCGUCUCUUAUGGUCAUUACCGUGUACGGCGCUUACACUGGCCACUACGCGAAGGAUUUUAUGUUGACCAUGAGCCAACGAACACUCAUGCUCCAGACGAUCAUGUUCCUUCUUUACCUACUAGUUGGUGCCCUCGUCUUCUCCACCAUCGAAGGUUGGCCCUACCUAGAUGCCGUGUACUGGGCUAAUGUGACCCUCUUCACCGUCGGGUUCGGCGACUUUGCCGCCACGACGACCCUGGGACGUGCCCUCUUGAUUCCUUAUGCCCUUGUCGGAGUUAUCAGCUUAGGUCUGGUCAUCGGCUCGAUCCGCAGCAUGGUCAUAGAUGGUGGUCGACACCGAGUGAAUGCCAGGUUGGUCGAGAAGAAGCGCAGGAAGAUAGUGAAGCAAGUAGUCCGCAAGGGAGAACAUCGCACUCUGAGCGCCCUCCAAGACGAAGAUUACGCGAACGCCACGCCUGAGGAGAAGAAAAUGGCAGAGUAUCGCCGCCGAUGGGAAGAAUUCAACCUUAUGCGCAGGAUCCUCACGGAAGCUUCUGUCAUGCGGCGCUGGCUAGCCUUGGGUGUCUCCGCCGGCUCGUGGUUGGUACUCUGGCUCGUCGGCGCCAAGGUCUUUCAGGAAUUCGAACGGCCCUACCAGAACUGGACCUACUUUGACGGCUUCUACUUCACAUUCGUGACUCUCACCACUAUCGGUUACGGCGAUCGCACGCCAGUAUCCAACGGCGGCAAGUCCUUUUUUGUGUUUUGGGCCUUGCUUGCGUUGCCUACCAUGACGGUGCUAAUCUCUACUGCCGGGAACACUGUCGUCAAGGUGGUCCGAGAUGCCACGCUGCAGCUUGGUAAUAUCACCAUCCUACCCAGCGAUCGAGGAUUCAAGAGAGAUAUUCAGCGAAUAAUUAACAAACUCUAUACGGUGCUACUCUUUGUGAAACACUUCCGCGGUGCACCUCCCGGGUUCUUCAGCAAUGCGCUGCCUGUCGAUCUCGGUGACGACGACCGUACGACCGACCAAGAGGAGAAUGACGAGGAGGGUUGGCAAAGAGAGCAGCAGAAUGCUUGUGACCCGACCAUGAACGGAAUAGCUCUUCGGAGCCAUCUGCCAGCAACCCGAGACGCCACGCAGCCACUGCCGUGCAAUCCAGCCGAUUACCGUUUUGUUCUGAUCACGGAAAUAGCCAAAGUGAUGAACGACCACCUGCAGGAUACAAACAAGUGCUACUCGUUCGCGGAGUGGGCAUGGUACCUGAAGCUGAUCGGUGAGGAUGAGAGCAGCCCGGAGACGCACGCAACACACCCACAUAACCAACAGCAACAGGCACCCUGCCAGGGCCCGUCUGCAGGGAAGAUGGUAGAGGCAGCGGAGAAGUGGAGCUGGGUAGGAAUUCGGAGCCCUCUUGUCAGCGGUAUAGGCGAGUAUGUCAACGCCACGAAAGAGUUCAACAGUAUUGUUAACGGGGCAUUUGACGGAAAGGUCAUCACAGACAAACGCAACAGCUGGUUCAAGAGGGAUGGCGGCCCUUCGCGAGUUCUAGUAUCAUGGCCUGGCUCGUUUUAUCGUCGUGCGGACAUUCUCAAGGACCCGAGGUGGGAGGAUUUCAUCUUCGAGCGGCGGCGCGGUGCUGAGGCAAACCGGCACGAGUAUUUCGGAAAUGGAUAUACCGAACGCGAGAGGGUCCGUGAUGAAGUAGAUCUUACGAGCUACCUCAAAGUUGUGAAGGAGGAAGAUCUUUACACGUUGCAUGAAUAUAAAACGCAAACAUCUAACUGGUGUAUUCGCCCGUUCUGCGACGAUAAUGUCUAA